UUGAAUCACCUUGCCCCAAGAACUUCCUCUCAUUUUCAUAUGAUUUGUUAAAGGCACCUCCUUUCCUCCUGCCCAGGGAUCCGGCUUUGGCCGAAGGAGAGCCAUCAUCCUAGGCGCCUUCCGGCCUGUGCUUUCCUUUCCAGAUGGGGGAUGCUGCAGAGGGGCCUGGGCGCCGUGUGCCUGGAGAGGCGCCCCGUUAUAUGUGAAUUUGGACCUGGGCAGGGGGCCGAGUGCCCGCUCCAAAGAGCCAGGAGCCCCACAGUCAGGGCUGGGAAAACCCCAGAGACUCACCAGGAGCCACCCUCUCGAGGGAGCCUUGUGGGAGGGAGGAGGAGAACGCAAAGGCUCAGGCGAUUCUUUGGCCACGAAGAAGAAGAGCCGUACCCAGAGAUGACAGCGAUUUGGGAGGCCUUGCAAAGCGUCCAGCCCAAGAAUUGGCAGCAGGAGCUGGUCCAUCGGCUGAGCCUACCGGUGCAAGAGGACGAUGGUUUCGGGAGUGCCUCCAAGAUGGAUGAGGAGAUGAGAUUGUUCCAGGCGGUGAGUGAGCAUCUGUUGCAAAGGGACGCUCGUGCCUCCCCCCACUGGCCGCUCCUCAGCAUCCUGGCCCUUCGUGGCUGCAGCCGGCUCCUCCAGGCCUCCCUAGGGCGCUGCUCACCUGGGCCUGCCAGGAACAUCCAGCAGCAGCAGCAGCAGGAGGCAGCCCUGGCUAGGUCCGUGAUGCAAAUUCUUCACCGUCUGGAGAAGGCCAUGUGGCAGGAUAAGGAGGGCAUCCUCGAGUCCGCUCUCAUCAGCAUCUCUGCACACAGGUUCAUCUCUUCUGACCUGGGCAACGCAACGCUGUCCUUCCCAGGCCACCCAAAGGCCGCCAGGGUCAUCUUGCCAGGGCCGUCUGCGCUGGAGGCCUUCCUGCCCCCGGGGGCCCUCAUCAGAGUGCAGCUGGCGAGCUUCCUGGGCAGCCCCUUCUCCUCCUCCAGCUCAUCCCAGAAAGAGGUGACAGGAGCUGUGGCUGAGCUGGACCUCCUGGCAGGGGAGACCGAGAUCUUCGUCAGCAACCUGAGCGACCCCGUCCAGGUCUUCCUGCCCCAGACGGCCCCUGCCCUCUUGGCCCCGGCCUUCCACGUCUCUCCGGGAGAGGCCCUGUUGCUGACCGUGAACGUGACGUGGACAGAGGGCUCCCUGAUGCUCCACGGGCAGCCCGAACCACGGCAACCCUGGGGCCUCUUCCGGCUGAAUCAGCACCGCCUGGAAGCCGUGGAGCCCAGCCUGGUUGAGGAUCAAGGUGGCCGCACCUGGCUCGUGGGGCCAGCGUCUCUUCCCGUUUGGGACGGAGCUUCUCGCUUCUUGCUGGUGCCGCUGAACCUCUCCGUCGGGGUCCCACUCGCCUUGCGUCUCGGGGCCUAUGGGGUCCGGUGCGUCUCCUGGCACCCCGGCAGUGGCCAGUGGAGUGAGGAGGGCUGCGCGGUGGGUCCCCUGAGCCGGUGGGGUGAAGUCCACUGCCUCUGCAGCCACCUCUCCUUCUACGGCAGCGCCUUGUGGGUGAUGCCAGUCCAGGUGGACGUCGUGCGCACGGCCGAGUACUUUGCCCUUCUGGGCGAGAACCCCAUCAUGCUGAUCCUCAUGGGAGUUCUCUACGCCUUCUUCCUGGGGACGGCGGCCUGGGCCCGCUGGAUGGACAUGAGGACACAGCCCCAGAUCAGGCCAGUCCUGCUGGAUGAUGACCCCUGUGCCCAGUAUGGGUACUUGCUCUGCAUCAGCCCCCCGGGCCCCCCAGGCCACGACUCUGACUCCUGCAGACAGGUCUGCCUCUGGCUCCAGGGUUCUUCGGGCACCAGCAAGCCUCGGUCCCUCCCUCCCAGUGGCACCCUCUUCCUUCUGCGUGAGCCGUGCCCGCUCGGGGAGCUCCAGAGCAUUUGGCUGUGGCAGGAGAGCCCAGUGCCUCCCCGGUACGUCACGCAAGUAACUGUGCAAGAUCUGCAGGAAAGAGGGCGUUUCCAUUUCCCUUGCCACGCGUGGCUCACGAGAGGAGAAGACGGGCUCUGUGCCCCCCAGCACUUCCUGGCAGCCCCACGGGACCCCACCUUCUGGACCAUCUUCUGGCAGAGAGUCCUGUGCGGCUUUCGGGACGAGCAUUCGGUGCUGCUGGUGCUGAGGCCUCCUCCCCACACGGCCUUCACCCGGGUCCAGCGCAUCUCCUGCUUUUGGUGCCUCCUGCUCUGCUCGUCCCUCAUCAGCCUCAUGUUCUGGGAAACGGCGGACGAGUCCCCUCCGCUCCUGAGUGUUGGCAGCUACUUCUCUUUCGCCUGGAAGGACGUCGUCGUGAGCGCCGAGAGCGCCCUGAUAGCCUUUCCCAUCAAUUUCCUGCUUGUCUUCCUCUUCCAAAACACCAAGCCUCGCAGGAGCGAGGGAGCGCUCCGGAUCGUGGCCAGGCCCGACGUGCCUGCUGACCCCAGGAGUCUGGAUGCCGCUGUGCUGGAGAACCUGCGCAGUGCGGUGGAGACCUUCAGCAGAGCCAGGACGUUGCCAGGAUCCUUUGGGCUCCAGUGUUCUCUGACACCCAGCUUGGAUCUUGAGGGGCUUCUACACCUGCUGGCCCGUAUGAUCCUGCCUGGUCCCGAGGGAGAGGCGGACAGUGCAGGCACCAAGCCCAGCCCUGACGCGUCGCACGAGUCCUACAGCAAGCGCUACGUCCUCCGGAAGCUGCAGCAGGUGGCCCGUCUCCUGGAAGAGCAGGAAGUGGGACCAGCCUCGGCCAGGCAUGCCCAGGCUCUGGAGCAGGUCCGCGCAUUGGCUGGAGCGCUGGAUACGCACCUCCCGCCAGUGCCCCAGGCCCACAAGAAGUGGAGGUGGUCCUUACCUUGGUGGAGCGUCUUUGUCGGCUGGGCCCUCCUGGUCUCCCUCAGCGCAGUCUCCACCUUUUUCGUUUUGCUGUAUGGCUUCCACUACGGGCGGGAAAGCAUCGAGAGAUGGCUCGUCUCCACCGCCAUCUCCCUCUGCCAGAACCUCUUCGUGCUCCAGCCCCUCAAGGUAGUGAUCUUUGCCCUCUUCUUCGCUCUGGCCCUGAAGAAGCCAGAGGAGGAGGAAGAUGAUGAUGAGAUGUCCCUCGAGUUUCCAAUGGAAGGGCCAGGCUCUCUCCAGUGACGGGGAAAGAGACCCUUCUCCUCUGCCUGCGGAGAGCGCGGGACCUCUCGCUGCCUUUUGCAAUGGGCCAUAUACUAGCUUGCACCACCCUGCCUGUCCUUGGAGUCUCCUCUUUGCCUGAGAAGACUUGCAGGUCUGCAGAGAGCAGAGCAGGAUCUUUUCAGGACUGGACCGGGUGGAAGGGGAGAGAGGCCGCCACCGUCCUGUGACUGAUCCUAUGCUGAGCUGACACCGGGGAGACACCCCUGGCAAAUACAUGUAGAAAUGGGAUUUGAUCUGUGCAAAGAACGGGGAUCCCAAAAUAUAUAUUAAGAUGUGUUCUCAAUACAAACAGAGUCAAUAGUUUAACCUUAUAGA